UUUUUUGGUUAACUUUUCGCAUAUAUUAAAAUGAAUAUUUAUGUUUCUCGAAAUAUUACAUUGAGCACCAUGGCUGACUCUACUAACGCUUCAUUAAUAGCUAACAAUGCUACGAGUUUCAAAUUGCAUUCACGCACGCGCAGACACAAACAAUAUAUAACCAACGACAUCGAGAUCAGCUGCUUUCACCCAAUAGGAUCAACUUUAGAUCCUGACGCCAACUGCCACUUCGUUCGCCACAACUAUUACUGCAAUUACGAUACGAAUGGCAUCAACUAUUUAGAAUUUGCCGUCUGCACUGUGAGGAUCGACGAAUUGUCUUGGUAUGGAGAGAUAGGAUAUGUUGUGUGCACUAUAGUUUUGCUACUAUUUAUUGUUUUUUCAUUUUUCAUAAUGACAAAGUGGUUUAUUUUACCCAAUUUGCUAACCUUGCACAAUUGGUGGCUACUCAAUGCUUAUCAGUUCGGGGUAAUUGUCGUCUCGACACUAAUUGUUUUACCGAUUCUAUUUAAAAGUGCAAUGGCUUGCAAUACACCGAAAGAAAGCUAUUCGCUUUUAAUUACUGAUUCGGUUAGUAAGACUUUCACCAUGUACGGCUUCGGUUUGGCACUGAUCGGAAUUAACGCCAAUUUAUCUGUUCCGCCCUGUCGUUUUAUCGCAAACUUAAUAAUGCUCUUAUUAGCAAAUGUUUACGUGCUUACUUUGAUACAUUUGAAAGCCGAGAAUAAUCUGCUACUGAAGGCGGAACAAACGGGUUUAAUGUUGGAAUGGCAUGCGAAAUUCUUUAUAAUCGUUUAUGUGAUUUACCUUUUUGCACACCUAUUUGAUCCGCACAUUACCGCCAUGUCCAGGAAAUCAGUUACAUCACGAGUAGGCUCAAAUCAGUCGAAUCGUAGCCAAUCGCAAACAGGAGCAAGCUCGAUUUCAAGAAGACAAAUUGAAAAUGCUGUUGUCAAUGAGGAUGUAUUGGAAGAAGUUAAUGGCGAAUUUGUGGUAAGCGACGAAUUAACAGCAUUUGAAGUAAAUCUGCGUGCUUUCUAUGGAGAAAUAUUUGGAAAAGACUGUAUUAGUUUGAAUGUUUUAUUUAUUCCCAUUUGGAUUGCACUAACACUACUAAUUCCAGUUAUAAACGAGAAUCGCCCAUUCGAUGGUUGGUACAAGUAUUUAUUAGGUUUGAAUCUUUCAGUCACGCCACUUUUGCUAUUCGGAUAUAUAAGGAAGAUAGACGCCUUAAUAUGUUUUAUAAUUGGAUUUGUUGCCUCUGUUACUCUGCUUUGUGGCACAAACGAUACAGUGCCGCCCAGGUUUUACAAACUCUUUGGCACAAUUGGGCUUUUGGCUGCUUUCAUGAUUUGUCAUUUACUCGAGAAGCAAACUGGCACUUUAAUUCAUCAAUGCUUACAAUAUGCAGCAGGCUGGAAUCUUGAUGCCGCCACCGUUAUUGCUUCUUCUUUUUUUAGCUGUGCCACAGAAAUGAUAAUUGUUUCUGAGCUAAUUAAGGAGGAAAAGACGGAUAUCGCUUUUGGUGCAGUCACUGGCUUGGCAAUGUAUAAUACAUUAAUGAGUACUUUUCCUUACAUUGCAUUCCUCCAGCCUUGUUUUGACGAAACAUCUACGAUUUUCAUCACCAAGAACUGUUAUACUGUAUACGUGUUUCUUUUCAUUAUGAUCGGGUAUACUUUUCUGGGUGUUACUAUUUCCGAUUUUGAACUGCGCCGUAGUUAUGGAAUCUUCUUGUUUAUAUUUUGUUCAAUUUUUAUUUUAUAUUUAAUACUAAUGGUCUAUGAAUUCAUCCAUCCUUAUGGUUCUCAACAUUCUUCAAUAUUUUCGUAUAAUCCUUUGGCACAUGCGGACUGGGCUUAAAAAAUGUAUCUA